CCUUUCAAGAACAAAGUUACAAAAUCUGAAAUCAAGAGAUUGAAGAAAAACCAACAACAUCAUUUUUUUCCCAAAUUUCAUUUUCUUUUUCAAUGGAUGUUCAUGUGGAUACUCAACAACAAGAACAACAACAACCCCUUUUGGAAAACACACCCUCACCCCAACAAAAACCACCCAAAACACCAACACAAAAGACCAUGAGAAAAGCCUUCAAAGGCACAGCACAUUUGGCAAAGCUUCUCCCCACAGGAACCGUGCUCAUAUUCCAAACCCUCUCACCCGCCCUCACUCACCGAGGCCAAUGCCAAACCCUCACAAGCCAAGCCAUGACCUUAGCUCUCUUAACCUUUUGCGGCGCCUCGUGCUUCGUUUUGUCCUUCACAGACAGCUUCCGGGACGAGAGGGGGAAAGUCCGAUACGGUGUGGCCACAAGGACCGGGAUAUGGAUCGUGGACGGGUCAGUGAGGCUUCCAGUUGACGAGGCGGCGAAUUACAGGCUGAGGUUCAUUGAUUUCUUCCACGCUUUCGCGGCGGUUUUGGUUUUCGUGGCGGUCGCACUGUUUGAUCAGAGUGUGGUCAGAUGUUUUGUGCCUGAGCCUUCAGAGGAGGCCAAGGAGGUUCUGGUUAAGUUGCCUAUUGGGAUUGGUUUGGUUUGCAGUGUUCUGUUUGUUUUGUUUCCUAGUAAAAGACAUGGGAUUGGUUUCCCUCUCUCACGCAAUUAGUUAGUUUUAUUUGAUCAUGUUCUUUGUUUCUUACAUUUAUGUGUUAUAUGUUCUUUUUUUCUUAUGGAAAUCACAACUACAUUAAAUAACAAUAGAGAAUACAUCUGCUAGCAAUGCAGAAU